AUGGAAAACAAAACAGUGCCAUCAUAUAUGUACUUUUCGUUAUUUAAAGGUUAUGAAAAUAUACGAGUACUUUACUUUGUAUUGACAACAUCAGCAUACCUUAUCAUCUUACUUUUCAAUGUGACCAUCCUCCUGGUUCUAUUCAAAGACAAGUCUCUUCACGAGCAACCCAUGUAUCUGUUAAUGUGCUGCCUGUUAUUCAACUCUCUGUACGGCAGCUCUGCGUUUUUCCCGAGACUUUCCGCUGAUCUUCUAUCAAACACUCACAGAAUAUCGCGCCCUGCUUGUUUCACACAGUUAUUUGUCAUUUACACUUACGCAAUUUCCGAGUACACUAUAUUAUCUGUAAUGGCGUAUGACAGAUAUGUAGCUAUAUGUGAGCCUCUGCAAUAUCAUACCAUCAUGACACACAGAAAACUAUUUUCGCUGAUUGUCUGUGCUUUUUCCUGGCCUGUCUUUUGUUUCAUCAUUGGAUUGUAUUUGGCUAUCAGGCUUCCUCUGUGUGGCAAUCAAAUACUGCGCUUGUACUGCUCGAUGUGGUCUGUAGUAAGACUCUCCUGUAUAUCAGCAGCAGUUAUAAACGUUUGUGGUUAUUUUGUGGCUGUGACGACAGUAUUUCUGCCUGCAAGUUUCAUAUUGUUCACGUACAUCAGGAUUCUGAUUGUCUGCAGACGAAGCACAGCAGAGCAUAGAGGCAAAGCCCUGCAAACAUGUCUACCUCACAUUAUUAAUUUCUUUACCUUUUCAAUGGCAUCUUUUUCUGAUAUUGCCCUCAGUCGAUAUGAACCUGGUCAAAUUCUAAAUGCUGUAGCUUUGGUCAUUUCUCUUGAGUUCAUUGUGAUUCCGCCACUGUUAAAUCCUCUUAUCUAUGGCCUGAACUUACCAGAUAUCCGAAGGAGGAUUGUACAUAUGAUUCCCUCUAUUAAAAUUGCCUUUUGA